AUGGCAUCUGAUUACGCUAAUUUAUUACCACUGAGUGGUAAAUGGAAGCAGAACAUCACUGACUACUUAACGGAGGACGUUCCCUCUUUCGACUUUGGUGCUUAUGUAGUUGGUAACAAGGAUGAAACAGCAUCUCUCUACAUGAAGCAAGAAGGAUUGAUAUGUGGAGUACCAUUUGCGUCCGAAGUUUUCAAGCAAUGCGAUUUGGAUGUCCAGUGGCACUUUAGAGAAGGUACAUACGUCACAAGCGAAGAGAUAGUCUUGCGAGGAGGUAAAAUUGUAAUUGCAACAGUGACAGGACCAGCUAACAAAAUAUUAUUGGCCGAAAGAACAGCGUUGAAUUUGUUAUCAAGGUCAUCCGGUAUUGCAACACAAUCUUUCAAGACGAAAAAGCUUGCAAGAGAAUGCGGAUAUCGUGGCAUCAUUGCAGGUACUAGGAAAACUACACCUGGAUUGAGGCAGCUAGAGAAGUACUCGAUGCUUGUAGGAGGAAUUGAUUCGCAUAGAUUUGAUUUAAGCUCAAUGGUAAUGUUGAAGGAUAAUCAUAUAACUUCCACUGGUAGUAUAACUAAUGCCGUAGAAAGUGCCAGAAAAGUAUGUGGAUUUGCAAUCAAAGUUGAAGUUGAAGUUAGUUCCGAAGCCGAUGCUCGAGAGGCUAUUAAUGCUGGGGCCGAUGUUAUCAUGUUAGAUAAUUUUAAAGGCCCCGAACUUCAAAUUGUUGCGCAGUCUCUUAAGAAACAUUACAGGGGCAUGCUGAAAUCGUUUCUUUUAGAAUGCUCCGGAGGAUUAACCUUACAAAAUCUCAGUGACUUUUUAUGCAAUGAUAUUGAUAUAUACUCUACUUCUUCGGUUCAUCAAGGAUGCGGCAUUGUUGAUUUUUCCUUGAAAAUAGACAGUCAAUAG